UUUGUAGGUAUGGCACCGUUCUAUGAGGAAGUGUGUAAGGAACUACAAUGGAAGUGUGAUGAGACUUUGUUAAAGAAAAUGCAAAAGAUAAAUGAAACAGAACUUAAAGCAUUGGAUGUGUCAAUAGAGGAUGCAGAGACAAACCUGGGAGAAUCAGAAGUCAGAGAAUUUAUGUUGAAAAAGGCAGAAUAUUUAUGUAAAAUUGGAGAUAAGGAAGGGUCCUUAGCGCAGUUCCGUAAGACUCAAGAAAAGACAGUUACCCUUGGAUACAGACUGGACCUGGUAUUUCACCUGAUCAGGAUGGGCCUGUUCUAUAUGGACCAUGAUCUCGUUACCAGGAACCUUGAAAAGGCUCAAACUUUGAUAGAUGAGGGCGGAGACUGGGAUCGACGUAACAGACUGAAGGUAUACCGAGGUGUGUACUGUAUGUCCAUCCGGGACUUUAAGAAGGCUGCUGGCCUUUUUCUGGACACAGUUGCAACCUUCACUUCGUAUGAGCUGAUGGACUACCAAACUUUUGUAACCUACACAGUUUUCUGUGGUAUGAUUGCUCUGGAACGGCCACAACUUAGAGAAAAGGUUGUCAAAGGAUCUGAUAAUCUUACUGAGGUCAUUAUGG